CACAUUUAUUUGUUUGAUUGAUGUAGUUUAUAAUUGUUUAACCUCUUCAGAAAAAUCUACAUCGAUCAAUGGAAGGACUUCAGGCUUCAAUAGGAAACUCCGGCGACGACGGUGUGUUAGCUCAGUCACAGCAACAACCAUCUAAACCUCUGGUAAAUGGCGGUGGCGGUGGCGGUGGCGGUGGAACAGAUGAACUGGGUGACGAUGGUGGGGCAAUUGGCGGUGGAUUUACUGAAGAUGGCGACCGGAAUUCCGGUGGUAACCGGUGGCCGAAGCAAGAAACAUUGGCUCUGAUUAAUAUCCGGUCAGAAAUGGACGCAGCUUUUCGUGAUUCAAAUCUCAAAGGCCCAUUAUGGGAUGAUGUUUCCAGAAAACUAUCAGAGCUCGGAUUCCAUCGGAGCGCCAAGAAAUGCAGAGAGAAAUUUGAGAACGUAUACAAGUAUCACCGGCGAACUAAAGAAGGCCGGACUUCGAAACCCGACAAAAUCUAUCGUUUUUCCGAUCAAUUACAAGCUCUGGAACAGAACCCAAGAAGUGCAUUUCCGCCACAACCUUUUCCCGCCGUGAAACCACCGCCAGUCAUGGUAAAUAUGUCGAACAAUGUUACUGUUCCAUCCCCUUUUAUUACUGUAACGGGCUCCGAUCAGAACAAUGCGAGUCCGAUUUCAGUUGCAGCCCCAGCGGCGGCGAUGGCAGUGAUGCCACCACAGCCGGUGAUGAAUCACAAAAGGACUUUCCCGUUCUCGCAAGCGAACAUGUCGGGAUCCACAAAUUCAGCCACUUCGUCGGAUACUUUUUCCGACGACGAACCACCCCAGAAAAAGAGAAAAUGGCAGGAUUUCUUCGGGAAAUUGAUGAAGGAAGUAAUAGAGAAACAAGAGGAACUACAAAGGAGGUUUCUUGACACAAUCGAGAGACGGGAGAGAGAUCGAGUGGCGAGGGAGGAGACAUGGCGAGCUCAAGAAAUUGCGAAGAUGAACCAAGAACACGAUCGGUUAGUCAAGGAGAGAUCCAUCGCCGCUGCAAAAGACGCCGCCGUCAUAACAUUUUUGCAGAAGAUGACCGGGAAAAACCCUGACACGGUGGACGAAACCAGAAAAAGGCUAGCAGAUUUUUUAGCUCCGCCGAUGCCAUUAGCCUCAACCCUCCCGGUCAUACAGCAACAACAGAUCCACCAAACACCACCACCGCCUCCGCCUCCACGUCAUGAAAUUCUGCAGGUGGCGGUGCCGCCGUCACCCAUAGUGAAGAAUCUUGAUGGUGAUGUGAGUGGAGGAGAUAAUAUGCUAUUGCCAAGUCCAUCACGGUGGCCGAAAGCGGAGAUAAACGCGUUGAUAACACUUCGAACGCAACUCGACAUGAAUUACCAAGAAAACACGGCAAAGGGUCCGUUGUGGGAGGAGAUAUCGGCGGCGAUGAGGAAGCUCGGGUACAACCGGAAUGCCAAACGGUGCAAAGAGAAAUGGGAGAACAUCAACAAAUACUACAAGAAAAUGAAGGAUGGUAACAAGAAGAGGCCGGAGGAUUCGAAAACAUGCCCGUAUUUCCAUCAGCUCGAUGCAAUUUACAGGGAGAAAGCGACUGCGAUCGUAGCACGACCAGAGCAGCAAUGGCCGCCUGCGACGAUGGUGCAAGAAAAAACACCGCCGCCGCCGCCGCAGCAGCAGCAGCAGCAGCAGUCUACUAAUGGUGUUUACGUGGAGAAAAGGGAUGAUUAUCCGGGUUUCACUGGAAAACCCGAAACCCAAACCGCUCCGGUUGUAGCUUGGCCACAACAACAAUGGCGGGUUCCGGCGGCGCUUCAAGAAACACAACAGCAACCACAACCACAGUCUGCGGCGGACAUGGAGGAUCAAGGUAGUGAGAAUACUGAUGAUUACGACGAUGAUGAUGAGGAUGAAGACAAGGAAGAAGAAGGUGGUGGGUACGAGAUUGUUGCCAGCAAGAUAUCUUCAGUGGCUACUGUCUAGAGAGAGAAAAAACGAGGAGAGAGAGAAAGUUGUCAUCUUUUUCAUUGGAAGGUAGAGCAAUGAAAGAAAUUAAUGGGGUGAUGGAUAUGCGGGUCAUGGAUAAACAGGUCGGGUUGUAAUUUGGCUGGUGAAAAUUUGAAUGAAGCACACAUGGGGUCCGGUGAUGUCUUGGGAAGAGGGCAACCGUAUUUUUUUAUAGCUAAAAUACAUAAAGAUG